AAUGUAUAUGUUUUUUUGUAUUUUUUAAAGGAGAAAGAAAUGUCAAUGCAGUUUCUGCUUCUUGCAAUCGACACAUUCUGUUUUUCAUAAAAAUUCGCAGUCUGGUAAUUUUUACAAAAUAUUAGCUACAUAUACCCAAAAUAUAAAACUGUGCUAAUGAUUUCAAAGAUGUAUAACAUUACGAACGAAAUGAAACCCGAGUUAUCAUUUUACACGAGAUAGCACAAGCUUGGCGAGGAUGGCUACCGAUCACGCUAACAAAAAUAUGUUUAUUACGAAGUACAAAUGAGCAGGUCGCGGGAUGGGCAAACCUUGGCUCUUGGUCCUGUUUCCUGCGACAAUGACGACAAUGACCAUGAUGGCGUACUUCACCGUAACCACGGCUACCCCUACCUCGGUGUCGUUUACCUCUACAACAAUCAACAAUGACGCUGUCGAUAUGAAAAAGAUGGACAUCGAAGAAGCCUUGGAUGUGAUAGAAGCGGCAUCGACUGGAUCAUUGGGCGAAUAUUGCGCCACCACUGCUGGAUUCAAGUCUCUGCCAGCUGCUGCAGCCCUUGAUCCAAGACGUUACGACACCGCACGUCAGAAAGCCGACAUGACAGCUCUGAUACUCCAAAAUUCCGGAACAAUGGGAGUAUCAAGACAUAACGUGCUUUUAGAUGCCAUAGCGAAAUCUUUACUGGUGUCGGUAAACGACGCCGUGGAAACAAGGCUGAUAGCAUUAAACGCGUCCACGGGCACGGUCAUCAACGUGAUUUGGUUGGAAAGAAGCCCGGGAAGCGUCGGCGAGCCCUCAAAGGUUGAGAACCAUGCACUCCAGCCGGGAUCAAUUCCGGAUUCGAGUUUGCCGUGGUUCGAGAAUGCCGGUGCUACCACGGAAUUAAGGUCACCGAAAUUCAUGCAGUCACCGGCGAUUGAAUCCUACAGGGGUUGGUGGACCAUCCCGUAUUUCUCUUGCAAAAGUCAUCGCUGGUUGAUCUCCUACAGCGUUAAUAUACUACCGCUGGACGCUCGACACGGGGUUCGAGAAUUUUUAAGCGUGGACAUUGACAUAAGCGGGCUAGAGGUGAACCAAUGCGACGGAUCACCGCAACAAAACAAAAAUGAGAUACUCAGCAAUCAGAUAGAAUCGUUUAAGGGUACUCAUAAGUGUCAUAACGACACGACGCAGUGUGAAUAUCAAAGUCCGCAUAAUGUUGGGGUCGGUAGUAGAUGGGAAAAGGGUGCGUAUAUCUGCAAAUGUCGGAAGGGCUAUUACAGCCCGAGUCAACUUCGGGCUAGCUUCGAUGGAAUUCUGGUUGAAGCUGCUUGGAAAGAAAUGCAGGAGAACGUGAGCGAUUCUUACGCGAAAGUGUUCCGUUGCUUGCGUUGCGCGCCCGGAUGUGCCAAGUGUAAAGGUCCAGAACCGUGUUUAGCUACUUACCAUUGGCCAUUUAGAAUCACCCUUUUAUCAUUUUCCAUUUUCUGUGUGUUCGGUACCAUCGUGCUGGUGGCCUAUAUGUAUAAACAUCGCAAGCUCAAAGUGUUCAAGGUCGCUUCACCGAUAUUUCUGUCCAUCACGCUUUUAGGUUGCGCUAUUAUGUACCUCGAGAUGGCCGCCAUAUUUCCUGUCCUGGACAUGUAUUCCUGCAUCGCGACCAAGUGGACGAGACAUCUUGGUUUUUGCAUCUCUUACACGGCGUUGCUCAUGAAAACAUGGCGAGUUUCCCUCACGUACCGUGUGAAAAGCGCGCACAAAGUUAAGCUCACUGACAAACAGCUGUUGCAGUGGAUGGUUCCAAUAUUGUUAGUGAUGUUGAUUUACCUUGGCACGUGGACGCUAAGUGCACCACCGUACGCCGAGGUGAUAGCGGACAACUAUGGUCUAAAAUUUUAUCAAUGUUCAUUCAAUUGGUGGGACCAUAGUUUAGCAAUCGGAGAAAUUAUGUUCCUUGCCUGGGGUAUUAAAGUGUGCUACAACGUCCGCAACGCAGAAAGCCUCUUCAACGAGGCCCGUUUAAUAAGCUACGCAAUCUACAACAUAGCAGCUGUGAAUAUAACCAUGAUCGCAAUUCACGUUUUUAUUUUCCCUCACGCCGGGCCGGAUAUCAAGUAUCUGUUGGGAUUCUUACGCACACAACUUUCCACUUCCGUAACCAUAUUUCUCGUAUUUGGGCCCAAGGUGAUUCGUGUGUUGCGAGGCCAGGGAGACCAAUGGGACAGUCGCGCGAGAGCACGUGGCGUGACAGCGAGCUUUUCGUUAAAUGGAACUGGCUUACUGCCUGAAGAAACCACAGAUUUAAUCCAGGAGAAUGAAGAGCUUAAAGAGGAGAUACAAAACUUGGCGGCGCAGAUCGAGUACAUGAAGAUCGUGCACAUGCAGAUGCACAACCGUCACCUGAAACCGAAAGCCGGCGGCUACUUCAACACCCACGGCCACGGACACACCCAUCCGUCCUCGGCGCAGAGCCCGAUCGCGAAAAGUUCGACGGCCAGUUUCAUAUUGAAAUGAAUUAUUGAGCAGACAGCCGUGGAGCGAGGGGCGAGUGCGGCCGCGGCUGUC